CACUUUAGCACCCCGACAGGUCCUCACAAAGACAGACAAACAACAACACACACACCUGGAGAGAGACUAAAUCUGGCACUUUAGUUUUUAGGAGUGCAGGUAGAGCUGAAGCAGGACGAUAACGUGGACCAGAACAGACGGCGACAGGUGAGCAGAUCGACAGGUAGACUUAUAGACAAGUAAACUGACAGACAGGUGAGCAGAUCGACAGGUAGACUUAUAGACAAGUAAAUUGACAGACAGUGAGCAGAUCGACAGGUAGACCUAUAGACAAGUAAACUGACAGACAGGUGAGCAGAUCGACAGGUAGACUUAUAGACAAGUAAAUUGACAGACAGGUGAGCAGAUCGACAGGUAGACCUAUAGACAGGUAAACUGACAGACAGGUGAGCAGAUCGACAGGUGUUGGUUUCAGGAGUUCGCAUCAAGAUGACUCCUCCUCCAGUUCCUGUCCCAAAGCCUCGUUCUCGUUACAUGAGGGACAGUCUGAGCUCCGCCUCUCCCUUGGACAGAGAUCUGAUCGGUGAAAGUCUGCAACCAGUUUUGUCUAAUGGAGUUCACCUGAGUACAGGUGAUGAUGCAACACCUCCUCCUCCUCCUUCUCCUCCUCUCGUUGUGUUGGACCGCGGCGACGUCUUCCCGACUCUGGCUGGCGUCACUGACAUGAUCGCCACCAACAUCCCGUCAUUGGCUGGAUUUGCAACCUCCAUCGGUGGCUCCGCCCCCUCUGUGCCAACACCCCCAGCCCCCUCUGCCCCACCCUCAAUAGACAGCAUGGCUAACAGCAUUGCUGCUAACAUACCUAGCUUAGCAGGAGCUGCUAGCGCUGUGGUUAACCCAGCUGCCUCCACCACCACAUCUGUAUCUGCCGCUAACACCGGUGCUGCCAGCUUAGACAGCAUCUUUAGCUCAUUAGCUAACAUACCCAGUUUAGCCAGUAUUGUUAGCAGUGCGGCUAAUCCAGCUGUUUGCUCCACCCUAUCAGACCCGCCCCCCUCACGGCCGAGGCCUGGAGAUUGUACAGAUGUUGGGGCGCUGUCACAGCUUGUGAUGUCAGCUUUAGACCAGAAUGCAGAAGUCACGUUACCUUUACUAGAGGGAGCUGCUGAGCCAACAGAGGAAGUCUUUAGCCCGUCUCCUCAUGCCAAUAAAGAAGAAACCCCAUACAUCACCCUGUUGGCUAGUUGGGCGAGUCAAGAGGAAGUUGACACUGACUCAUCUAAUGAGGAGGAAGAAACAGGAGUUAGCCCCGCCCCCUCUGGUGCCAAUGGACCAAUGGAAGGAGAUCCUGCUUCUAACACCAUCAAUUUCCCGUCGACCCCUUCAGGCCGUCUAAUCCCCACUCGACCGGCUCCGCCCCCUCCUCGUCCUCCUGGUCAAUCAGCAAAGCCUCUGAAACAGAAGACGCCGAGGGCUGCCACUAUUCGAGUGUCCAGGAAGAAGGGGGGCAGUGGGAGUUCCUCUCCACAGAGCGCCGUGGUCCGAUCCAGCUGGCUGGACGUCUGGAAGGGCUUCAGACACAAUGUUUUAUGGGCAACAUUGGAUGGACAGCUGAUGUCUCUAUGGAAGAAACGCACAGACCGGUUCAGUGAGGUGCUGUUUCAUGUCUCCAGUAUCACCAAUGUGAAGAAACAGGACAAAGGCAGAUUCUCUGUUUACUUCAGGAAGAAACAUUAUGACUUCAUGGCUCAUAAUGACGAGGUUCAGGAAGGUUGGGUCUCGUCUCUGCUGGCGUCUCGAGGCCAGCCAAGUCCCACCCCGGAACUCCAAGGACAAAUCACCAUCAAGGACCCGCGCAGCCGUGUCUACGCUGCUGUCUGGGGUCACAACCUCUGGCUUUAUCCCAACAAGGAGAGCUUCCAGCUGGGCAUCGCCUCCUUCUCUGUCCCCCUGAAUGUGGCCACGGUCAAAUCCACUGGAAAACACUCGUUCACCCUCAUCACUCCAUAUAAGAGCUUCAACCUCUCUGUUGAUUCGUCAAAGGAUCUGUCCCACUGGUUGGACAGUCUGUCCUCGUCCAUCCAGAGUGCUCUGUCCUGCAGCCAGGUGGCGCUGCGUCUUUGGGAAAACCCAGACAACAAGGUGUGUGCCGAAUGCGGCUCGGCCAAUCCUGAGUGGGCGUCAGUCAACCUGCUGCUGGUCAUCUGUCAGGCCUGUGCAGGUCAGCAUCGAGGUCUGGGCAGCAACCUGUCCAAGGUACGCAGUCUGAAGAUGGACAACAAGGUCUGGACUGAACCACUCAUACAGCUGUUUGUUACCUAUGGUAACCGGCUGGCCAAUCAGGUGUGGGCUCCAGCUGUGCCGGCGGCGGAGCAGCUGCGCCCAGACUCGUCUGACAAGGAGAGGUCAAAGUUCAUCCAGGACAAAUAUUGCGGGGGUCGCUACAGACGAGUCCACACUCUGGCGUCAUCGCACUCUCUGAUGGACCAGAGACUGCGGGAGGUCGUUAGUGGAGCCAACAUAGAAGAAACAAUGUCUCUGAUCUGCUCAGGAGCAAAGGUGUGUCAUUCAGACCCUCAGAGCCCCUCCCCCAUCGUGCUGGCUGAGAGGGCGGGUCAGGCUCUGCAGAGCGAGCUGCUCCGACUCAACGAGUACACAGAGGUCCCACCAUACCUGCCACAGUCAGCCAAUAGCAGACCUGACUCCGGCCCCCCAGGUGAGGAAGAGGAGGAGCUUCAUGGUAAACUGGAGGAAGAUCGUUUUCUCUUUUCGUUAGAAAACAACUCGGCAGCGUGUGACGUCCUCGACCUGCGAGAAGUUCUGUCUGUCUUCCUCAAAGAUGGACCAGCUCAUGAGUUUGAGAUGGUGACGUUGAGUGAUCAGCUGAUCUGUGCUGCUGACAACCAGGACGAGCUGCUGAGUCACCUGGUCUAUAUACUGAAGGUGAUUCUGCCAGGGGGUGUGUCUUAUGCCGAGGUGGGCGGGGCUUCAGCAGUCAGUAAAGUGUGUGUGGUGGAGGUGGGCGGAGCCUCGAGUCAUUCUGACGCCUGGUUGCUGCUGUGGGAGGACGGAGUCAGCGUUUAUCCCGUCCACAGACACACACAACAGAGCCUGAGGAUGGAACUGAGCACGCUCAGUCGCCAUGAAAUGCAUUCAUCUGAGAACAUCAUCACCUUGGUGACUGCAGACAGGUGUGUGUUGUUGCGUUUCGAAGAGCAGCGUAGCUGUCAGUCCUGGUUCAACCACCUGCAGAGAGCUCUGACCAAUCAGAGAGCAGCUCCACAGCGUCCUCCUGCAGCCAAUCACAGUGCAGCUCGUCAGUCUCUGUAUCCGGUAAUGGAUGUGAGGUCGAGGGGUUCGGUACCGCCCGCCAUCGAACGCUGCAUCUCCCACAUCACCAUCCAUGGUCUGAAGGUGGAGGGUGUGUACCGGCGCUGUGGUCUUGCUGUUAAAGUGAACCGACUAGUGGAGGCUCUGAUGACAUCACCUAGCUCCGCCCCUCUGGAUAGUGAUGAGCAGGGUGUGUUGGAUUCCUGCUCCGCCCUUAAACAAUAUGUCCGCCAGCAGGAGAGUCUGAUUCCCGACAGAGAGCAACAGCAGUGGCUGCACGCCGCAGUGAUUUCAGACGAGCGCUCCAGGUUUUCAGCCUACCGACGGUUGCUACGGCAACUUCCUGACGACAACCGAGCAACACUGAACGCCCUGUUUGGACACUUCUACAUGGUCCAGGUGUUCUCUCAGGUGAACAAGAUGUCAGCUCACAAUCUGGCUGUGGUUCUGGUCCCAACUCUGUUUCAGACUCUGAACCAGGAUCUUCUCAGACUCACCAGAGAGUUCAUCAUCCACCACACACUGUUGUUUCUGACGCCUGAGGGAGAGCAAAGAGAGGAAGAGGAAGAGCAGAUCACUGUCUUCUGAGAAAGAAGACUCAUAUCUGACUUUUGACUACACUUUUGAUUUCACCCCAUUUGCUAAAGUUUGUCUCUUAAACAAACCUUUUAGAUUAAGGAGUUUGGUCUAGAUCUACUCUAUUUGAAAAGUGUCCUGAGAUAACUUCUGUUAUGAAUUGGCGCCAUACAAAUAAAAUAAAAUUGAAUUGAAUUGCAAUUUAAUAAAAAUCAACAAUUUACUGAUGUUCCUGAAUGUUCUAGGUGGGUGGUGGUUACACAGAUAACAUAUAUAUAUAUAUCAGUACUGAUACACUCAUUCACAGCACCUGACAACUGAGAUGGAAAAUAUUCUAAAAAUAGCAUACACUAUAUAUAUACACAAUAUAGCUGCUGCCCUGUUCACAUAAGACCUUUUUUUAUCAGGUUUCUCUGUCAACUUCUUGCAUUUUUCCCCUUAUGAACAAUAACUUUUGGUCCUUGAUAAAAGCUCCUUGUGGUUUCUCAGUUAACCAUAAAAAAUGUAGAUUGUAGAGUUUGUGAUUCCAAUGUAUAAAAUCACUUCUUGUCCUCCGUCUGCUGUUGGUCACACAGGAACACAGGGAAUAUAUAAAGUUUAAACUGAUCUGUUACAAUGUUCUGUCAGUUUCACAUUUAAACACUUUAUAAUUAAAACCUUAAAUAUGAA